AUGAUAUUUUUCAAGGACCAGUUCAUUCACCCGUGGAAGAAAACGAGAUUUUUAAUUCUCCGUGGUCUCACUGGAGCUACAGCUAUGAAUAUGAUGAUAUAUUCAGUGAAGCAUAUGCCACUGGCAGAUGCGAGGGUGAUAUUUUAUACAUCUCCAGUUUAUACAAUGCUUUUGGGUAGAAUCUUCCUAAAAGAAUCAGUAAGCAAGUUUGAUUUCAUAGCUACAUUGCUUGGUUUAGGAGGCGUUGUGUUAAUUGGAAGACCAUCGUUUCUUUUCGGCUCUUUGGGGAAAAGUUUCGCCUCUCACAAUAUCUGGCUGCCCACUGUUCUUGCAGUUCUCUCAGCAAUAUUUUUCUCGAUUGCUAUUAUUUUGGUACGGAAGAUGUCUCAGGAAGUUAGCACAAGAGUAGUGGUAUUUUAUUUUGCUCUUGUAGGAUCUGUCAGUAGCCUGUUGGUAUCACUGAUUUCUGGAGAGUUUGAAUACCCUGACUGUGGAACUCAUGAUGUUGUUUAUGUCAUUAUCUCAGGUACGCUCAGCUAUUUUGCGCAGUUAUUGUCAACAAAGGCAUGUCAACUGGAAAAAGCUAGUAUAGUUACAUUGGUUCGAACAACUGGAAUUGCUUUCUCUUUUAUCCUUCAGUUAAUAUUCUUAAACGUCAUCCCAAAUGGACUGAGUAUUGGAGGUGCAAUUCUCAUUCUUCUUUGUAAUGUGGUUAUUUUCAUCAAGAAAUUGUUAAAUCACAAAAAGGAACAAAAUUAAGUGAAUAUAGAUGAAACUACAGUGAACUUACUCCUUAUGCAGGGAGGGUCCCCAGGGGCCAUGAGAGCUUGCGAGCUUAAUAUAGAUACUGUUUAUUUUAUGUAGAAUUAUUAUCAAAUAUAACAAAAUUUCACAGAAAGAUGGUGGGGCUGUGGUCCCACCACCCACCCCUAAAUCAAACCAUACUAGGGCCACUCACAUGAGGAAAAAUAAGACGCGUCUUACAUAGGACGCGUCUUAAACAAGACGCGAACUUUCCGUAUAAAUGGCACAUUUCGUCUAAAAUAAGACGCGGCUUACCUAAGACCCGUCUUAUUUUAGAACAGCCCUUAACACCUGUUCUUAGAUAAGACGCGUCUUAGCUAAGACGAGAAAAACUUCGUAUAAAUGACUUCCGCGUCUUACAUAAGACGCGAACGCAUAGUACACAUGCGUUAAUUUUUGGCGCGCCACGUUGGAUUGCCGUUGUUAUGGGCAACAUUCACAUGAAAACGAGUCAAGAACAGAAAUAAGACGCGAACCAUUUAUACGAGCCGUUCUUGUCUUAGAUAAGACAUGCUCGUAUAAAUGGUACAGUUCGCGCCUUAUUUAAGACGCGUCUUAUGUAAGACGCGUCUUAUUUUUCCUUGUAUAAAUGGCCCUAUUAUGUGUCAAUCAGUGUUCAUUCCCCCAGAGACCAAGCUAGGGUAUUUUUCAAGAUUUUUUAUGUUUCUUGCCCAGGAGGUGCAAGGAAGUGCCACACAGGUUUCUUUGAUAGUAAACUUGUUAACAGAAAAAAAGCCAGGGCCCAGUUGCUCGAAGCAUGGUUAGCGUUAACCAGCGUUUAAUACCUUGACAACGUAUUGGUUUUGAUACUGCUUAACCAAUGGUUAAAGCUAACCAUGCUUCGAACAACUCAGCUCUGGUCUAUUCUUGAAAGAAAAGCUUGCAUGUUCAUUAAUUCCAUUACGUAUUUGGAUAAUAAAAGCUGAAUCAAGUGAAGUCUUUGUUCAUGAUGCACCAACAAGACCUUUUCUUUCCACUGAGCAGCUUCCUUUUCCCUCAUUUUUUUCGGUAAUUUUGCAAGAUUUGUAAAAUGAAUGCUUAGCUUUUAAGAGACACUGCACCAUGAUGUGUCCACACUUAAUACUUGGGUGUGGUGUGGGAGUAUGUACUCAUUGGGUAACAACUUGAGUCAUACCCUUCUUUUCAGGUAUCCAUGUCAUGCCACAAUUUGGGCAUAGUGCUGGUGCCCAAGCACAAGGUCAAGACCUUCUACCUGGGCACUAAAGUAAGCGCAGGGGCGGAUCCAGGAUUUUUUUAGGAGGGGGUGCACUCGUCUCUUGCUCUACUUCAACACCAAUAAACCACAUAGUUUUUUUUUUCUUUUUUUGCAGAAUACCAGUUGUAUUAGAAAACCGCAGGUCAUCUUGGGGGGAGGGGGGUGCGCACCCCCUGCACCCUCCCCCUAGAUCCACCCCUGGCACUGGCUCCCUGCAUCCACACAUUUUGAGUUUUCUAUUUCCAUGGCAAACCACUGCAUACCCAUUACUUUCCCCUUGGGGGGAGGGGGUACUCCCUAUAAUGGCCGACAUGGAGAGGCUUCUCCCAAAAGGAGUACCUUUUUUGGGCUUUAGGUAUAUGAAAGGGAAGGGAUUUCAUUAUGUGAAAGGGGUACCUUUUUGUCAAUAGAAAGUAUUCAAAAGGGUAACCAUUUUUUGCCUGAAACGGCAUGUAAUCAGGAUAAGGGGUUAGUCUACGAGGGUGAGCCUCCCUGUAUAAAACUUUGUUGACUGCCCCCUUCCCCCUUGGGACUUCCCGGUCUGCUCAAAUGUCUCUCUGAUAAGGUGAAAUUGGGCAAACAUGUACACAGUUAUCUGCUACCCUAGGUGUGAAAACAAAAUCAUUUAAUGCUGGUGCCCAUGUGCUAGGCAUCACCUGAAAGAAAUGAAAAAGUACAUCAUAUUUUUUGGAUAACGUGGUGGCGCUUAUCAAUUCUUUUUGGCCUCUUGGUGUGGUGCUUACCAUAAAUGUUCUAUUAAGCCCCCAAUCCCCCCUUCUCAGGGGAAGAAGUUAUUAAGUCUCAUCUCUUUUUAAGCCCCUCCCCCUCCCCUCCCCCUUUUUUAUAACUGAUAAACUGUACAAGUGAUCACGAAUGUUACACCUUCAUUCCUAUGAGUUUUUCAAGUGAUGGAAUUUCAGAUUUGUUUUUGAUCUCAGCUGUCCGAGCUUUUCAACUUUUGUUUAGUUUUUUUUUUUUAUGGCGAGAAUUGAUGCCAUCAUCUUCGCUAAAUAAAAUUACCCCCCCCCCCGGCUAUCAAAUAAGCCUCUCCUCUCGAUCCCUCUCAAAAUACCACCCCUCACGAUCACAGGGGGAUAAAUAGAAGAUUUCAAGAAAUCAUGAUCUCUUGAGGAUUUACUAUAUUUGAGCAUUGUAUUAUUUUCUUUCUUUUCUUUUCGAAUUAGAAAUAUGGUAGCAUUAUCAGUUAUGAUAAUCGACAAGUGUCUUGUACGUAUAUGUAAGUAUGCUCCAGUUACAUGCAUGCCCUCUCCACCCCACUCAUUCCCAGGGUUUUCUCCUUCUUCCUCAAAGAGGCUCGCGUGACUGGCUUUUUACGCGUGACCUAUUGAAAUAAAUAACCCGGAUGCUAAAAGUUCCAAAGUUUUUACAAAAAAUUCAAAACGAAAAAAAUUUCAGGAACGAUUUGCAAAGAAUAGAUCCUUUGCGAAUUAAUUGUUUACAGAAUAUGGCUGGUCAGUUGUUGAGAAGAGUCUUCUCUGAUCAACAGAUUUCGGAAUCGAAAGGACGAAUGAAUGCCAACGAAAGCCAGCUAGAAAACGACACAGAAGUCCUUCUCAGCUACUUAAUUUUCCACAGAUGCCGCCGAUCAAACAUCGGCGAGAAACCACAUCAACAGAAACGAAACGGAAAAUGAUUUUUACCAUUGUCUGUUGGUUAAACUUGCAGAUAGCUUAGAGAUUGCUUUUAUUCGGUUGACAUUACAAUAUUUUUUCUCGUCCAUUGCUCGGCUUCGCGUUGUUUGCAGAGUUUUUUUUGAAAACGCCAUAAGCGCUAUUCGUCUCUUGUUUUCAAUCAGGGCAUUACAUAGGCUACAAUCUUGGAAAAAAUAUAUGGGUAAUUUAUACCCCCUCCCCCCAAAUCAAGGAUGGGAAAAUGGAGCGUUUUGGCUUUUGUGCAGCUUCAUCCUUGAUUUGGCGGGGAUGGGGGUUCGCUGUUUCAUUUUAUUCUGUCCAAGAUUGUAGCUUCCUCAAGAGAGGCUGUUUCUCCUUGGCUGCCUGCCUGAUCGAUUUUUGCUUUGUCACAGGGGGGGGUGGAACUUGACCCAGCCCUCGUGAGCCCAUGUGAAUGCCAUGCACAAACGAUGCGUGAUGCGUGACAAGCGACACAAAAAGUUUCAAGAUAUGUUUCCAAUGCUAGCUGCGGCGUACCUUAUCUGUCUUGAUUGUGUAACCUUACUGAGACAAGAAUAUUACAGCUGAAAACUAAAAAUUCACAGAAUAUGGCUGGUCGGUUGUUUUCUCCGCUGAUAAACAGAUUUCGAAGAAGUGACAUGAAUUAUGACAGCGAACGUCUGCUAGAAAACAACACAGAAAUCCCUCUAGGCAACCUUUCCGCAGAGACCGCAGAUCUCAGCAUCCUGCGUCACAGAGAUCAAACAUCGACGAGCGAUGAAUACCUCCAAGAUGCCCGAGUAUCGAACGAAAACACUGCGACCAAAGUGACGGUGAUUGCACCAUCGCUCAGUUCUCGGACGAGAAAAAUAUUCCACUUUCUGGGGGUCACACUUGCAAUUUUUUCCACGUUGCUAUUGUCUGUAUCUUCUUUGCUCUUUAAACUUGCAGAAAGCAUCCCUAGCUUGGAGAUCGUUUCAACUGGACUGACAUUACAACUCGUUUUCUCUCUCCCAGAGAGAAGGACCAGUUCAUUCAUCCGUGGAAGAAAACGAGAUUUCUUAUCCUCCGUGGUGUGA